AUGCGUAACUUGAUAAUUUUGAAUCGAGGAAAGUUAACGCCCACUUCCCAUUCACAUCCUGAUUUGCAACUGCUUACGAGCUCAUUUGACAUCCUUUCGGAUAGUAUAACAUGUGUUUUACAUGCUCUAGAUAAUGGUGUUAUUGAAGUGCAGCAAUAUAGGAAAGAUGGGACGGUAAAUGAUUUAGCAUCCUUUUUUGUGCAAUCCUAUAACGACAAGCUACUUUCCUUUAUACAUUUUGCUGACAUUAACCAACUUAUAUUUGUUUUUGCCCAGGGUGAUAUCAUCUGCGCAACUUAUGACCCCACGUCUUUAAAUCCAGAGGAAACUGUUGUGGAAGUUGUGGGCUCUAUCGAUAAUGGUAUUAUGGCUGCCGAAUGGUCUUACGAUGAAGAGACGCUGGCCAUUUUAACCAUGGAUCGUUCUGUUGUGUUGUUGAGUCGGCAAUUCGAGCCCAUUGCGGAAACAAAAUUGGAGGCAGAUGAUUUAAAGAUUUCUAAGCAUGUUACGGUUGGUUGGGGUACCAAGGAAACGCAGUUUAGAGGUAAAGGUGCACGUGCAAUGGAAAGAGAAGCUCUGGAGUCAUUAAAGAAUUCCGGAUUAGUUGGUAACGAGCUUCGUGAUCCGACAAUGCCAUUCAAAGUUGAUUCUGGAGCUAUUACAGAAAUGGAUAACAAGUCUGGUGCUAUAUCGUGGAGAUCCGAUUGUGAAUAUUUUGUAGUUUCUACAGUUGAGGUAGUAAAGGAUGCUGAAGACGAAUCUAAGGAUCUAGAGAGACGAGCUCUAAGGGUGUAUUCUCGAGAUGGACAGUUGGAUAGUGCAUCCGAGCCUGUUGAUGGCUUGGAACAUAAUUUAGCUUGGAAGCCACAAGGUUCUUUAAUUGCAGGAAUUCAGCGUAAGAUCGAUACCCCAAAUGAAGAAUCUUUGGAUUUAGUCUUUUUUGAACGUAAUGGAUUAAGACACGGUGAGUUUAACACACGUUUAGCAAUCGACGAGCGUAUUAACUCUUUGGCUUGGAAUGCUAGCUCUGAAGUAUUGGCAGUUGUUUUAGAAAACCGAAUUCAACUCUGGACAACUAAAAAUUACCAUUGGUACUUAAAGCAAGAGUUAUAUGGGAAUAACAUAAGGUUUUUUAAGUGGAAUCCUGAAAAGGACUUUACUUUAAUGUACGGUGAUCUAAACGACAUUUAUGUUGUUGAUUUAACUUACAAAAUGGCGUUGGGACCAACAAUCAAGCCUUUUGAUAGAGGAACAGCUUUGGUUAUUGAUGGAAAAACUGUUAACAUUACGCCAUUUACUAUCGCCAAUGUCCCACCUCCAGUAUACUUCAGAGAUUUUGAAGCACCAGGAAACGUCAUUGAUGUUGCGACUAGUCGUUCAAAUGAACUUUAUGCAGCCUUGGUGGAAAGUGCUUUAGUAUUGGCCUCUGUACCAUCCAUUGAUGCUAUGGUCAGAGGAAAACACCCGGUUAUUGUAACUACUAUACCCAAACAUCAGUUUGCUACAGAACUCGAUAUAGUGCGUCAAGUCGCGUUUAUUAAUGAUAAUUUCAUUGGCGUUUUGUUAGACUCUGAUAAUAUUUCAAGAAUUGCGCUAAUUAGUAUUGCGGAUAUUACACAGCCUUCCCUUUUAACGAUCGUAGACACCUACACAAAGGUUGUUCUCUUAAGAAGUUCAUUCGAGUAUAAUUCGCUGGUUUAUGAAACUCGUGACUGCAAAAUAGUUCAAUUGGAUGCAAACGGUAUCACGGCACAAAUUGCUCAAUUUCCUCAGUUAGCUUGCGAUUUUCGUGUUAAGAGAAUUAGUUUAUCUGAUACUGCUCACGAAUGGCAUGAGGAUCAGUCAAAGUGUAUCGCCAUUGGAUUAACAAGUGGCGGGAAACUGUUUGCUAAUACUGUUCAGUUAUCAUCUGCUGUGCUCUCUUUAGAAAUAACAGAUUCACUACUUUUAAUUACAACUGCUCAACACUAUCUGCAAUUUGUGCACUUGAACACAACUGAAUUCCAGCCACUACCUCCCAUUGAAGGUGAUGUAUUUGAUGAAAGAGUUCGGGCGAUUGAACGUGGUUCACUUUUGGUGGGAGUUAGUCCAUCUAAAUCGGCUGUUGUAUUGCAAGCCCCUCGUGGUAAUUUAGAGACAAUAUAUCCUCGAAUUAUGGUAUUGGCAGUUGUUAGAAAGAAUAUUAGCGAUGGUGCUUAUAAAGAAGCAUUUGAAACUUGCCGCACACACAGAAUAAACUUGGACAUUUUACAUGAUUAUGCCCCUGAAAUGUUUUUUGGAAAUCUUGAAGGCUUUAUCAACCAGAUUGAAAAUGUUGAUUAUCUAAAUCUGUUUAUAUCCUGCUUAAGCGAUGAAGAUGUUACAGAAACAAAAUACAAAGAAACGCUUGAUUCCAAUAUUGCUGCAUCUCUGCAAGUUGCACCACCACAACUUACCGAGAUGGAAUUAUACAUAAAGAAAAAGACUUUUGAUUCAACCAACUCAAAGGUGAACAAGAUCUGUAAAGCUAUGUUGAAGGUUCUACUGGGCAAUGCAACAUACAAAGAAAAGUAUUUACAAACUAUUCUCACUUCGUAUGCAUGCCAGAAUCCUCCUAACCUAGAGGAUGCUCUGACUUUAAUUGGAGAACUAUUAAAUGUUGAGGAAAGGGACUCUGCAAUCACUUACCUAUGUUUUUUGCAAGAUGUUAAUCUUGUCUAUAAGAUUGCAUUAUCUUUGUAUGAUGUUGAGCUAUCACUGGCUGUUGCACAAAAGUCUCAAAUGGACCCAAGGGAAUAUCUUCCGUUUUUGCAGAAAUUGCAUUCUAAUGAGACCGGUCGUCGUAAAUUUAUAAUUGAUGAUUAUUUGAGUAACUAUGAAAAAGCUUUGGGUCAUCUAGCUGAACUUGAACAGUCAAAAGAUAAAGUUUCGGAGGAAUUAAUAGAAUACGUUCAAACCCAUCAACUGCAUAAGGAAGCACUGAAUAUUUUCCGUUAUGAGACAAUGAAACAAAACUAUAUUUAUUAUAUUUAUGCCCAACAUUUGACGUCUAAACAAGAAUAUAAUGAAGCAGGUAUAGUGUAUGAAAUGUUGUGCAAAUGGAGUGAUGCUGUGGCAGUAUACACUUUGGGUAAUAAGUGGGCGGAGGCCCUGUCAAUCGUGACGACACAUUUCCCAAAGAAAAUCCCCGAAAUUUCUGAAAAACUUGUGAACUCGCUGACAUUAGAACAUAAAUAUGCUGCUGCUGCCCAAAUUGAAUUAAAGUUUCUGAAUAACAUUCCUGCGUCAGUUGAGUUAUAUUGUAAAGCCUCCGCUUACGAUGAAGCAAUAUUACUUUGUAGUGAAAAAGGACAAAUUAAUUUAGUCACAGAAGUUGUAGAUCCUGCUUUAGGUGAAGGAUUUAGUACUGUGGCAGAACUAAUAGCUGAUUGUAAAUCACAAGUCAAUUCUCAAUUGAAAAGAUUAAGGGAGCUUCGUACAAAAAAGGAAGCUGAUCCUUAUGCAUUCUAUGGACAAGAAACAGAACAAGCUGAUGAUGUUUCUAUUGCGCCAUCAGAAACAUCUACCAAAGAAUCCUUUUUUACUAGAUAUACGGGGAAGACUGGAGGUACUGCGAAGACUGGAGCCUCGAGGAGAACCGCCAAGAAUAAACGCCGUGAAGAACGUAAACGUGCCCGUGGUAAGAAGGGAACAAUAUAUGAAGAAGAAUAUUUGGUUCAGUCUAUUGGUAGACUGAUUGAACGGCUAGAACAGACACAGCCAGAUGCAGUGAAAUUGAUUGAUGGAUUGUUGAGACGCAACAUGAGAGAGCAAGCUCAUCAGAUCCAAAAGGGAUUCAUGGGCCUACUUGCAUUCUUGAAAGAUAAUGUUGUUGAAAUAUAUACCAUCAGUGAAAAGGAUCGUGAGAGAAUAGAUGAAGACGGUGCAGUCUACUACUUACCGGAGAUCCCAAUUCCGGAACUCAAAGGGUUCCCUAAAAGGAAUAUUAUUGAUUACUGA